CCCAGGGUUGGCCGCACGCGGAGAGCUGCGUCCCGGGACCCGCGCGUGGAGCGACGGCGGCCGCGAAGGCCAAGCUUAGUGGGAGAAGCGGUGCACGCGGCCUCCGCCCCUUCCUUCCCGGAAAGGUGGCGGCCCCGCUCCUCCGCCGGCUAUGGAUCCGCAGGGCGGCGACGGCGGGCUCGCUUUCCGCGGCCCCCACAGCCGCCCCCACGAAAAGGUGAAGCUGCGGAAGAGGAAGUCCACCCUGUACUCCGGCGCCCAGGACAAGGGCGCGGGGCACCGCCGGGAUCUUCUUGGAGAAAACAUUUAUCUGGUCUUGUUUACCAUUGCUUUACGGAUAUUUAACUGCUUUUUAGUCCAGACAAGUUUUGUUCCAGACGAAUACUGGCAGUCUCUUGAAGUGGCACAUCACAUGGUUUUCAAUUAUGGCUAUUUGACCUGGGAAUGGGCAGAAAGACUGAGGGGUUACACUUACCCCUUAGUGUUUGCAAGCAUUUACAAGAUUCUGCAUCUUUUGGGAAAAGACAGUGUUCAGUUACUGAUCUGGAUCCCGAGACUUGCCCAAGCACUUCUGUCUGCUAUAGCAGAUGUCAGGCUUUACUCACUAAUGAAGCAACUAGAAAAUCAGGAACUGGGAAGAUGGGUGUUUUUUUGCCAGUUGUGUUCUUGGUUCACAUGGUAUUGCUGUACUAGAACCCUUACAAACACCAUGGAAACUGUUCUUUCUAUAAUUGCUCUUUUCUACUAUCCUUGGGAAGGUUCAAAGUCCAUGAACAGUGUUACGUACUCAUUCCUGGUGGCUCUUGCCUUCAUAAUCCGUCCUACAGCUCUCAUUCCGUGGGUGCCUUUACUCUUCAGGCAUUUCUGGCAAGAACGGAGAAAGCUUGAUCUUAUUCUACAUCAUUUCGUACCUGUAGGAUUUGUAACCUUGAGUUUGUCUCUGGUAAUUGAUCGAAUUUUUUUUGGCCAAUGGACUCUGGUUCAAUUUAAUUUCUUGAAAUUUAACGUGCUUCAGAAUUUGGGAACAUUUUAUGGUUCACAUCCGUGGCACUGGUACUUCAGUCAAGGAUUUCCAGUUGUGCUGGGUACUCACUUACCCUUCUUUAUUCAUGGCUGCCUUCUAGCUCCAAAGAGAUACCGGAUACUUCUGGUGAGUGUGCUGUGGACACUGUUAGUAUACAGCAUGUUGGGUCACAAAGAAUUCAGGUUUAUCUAUCCAGUUUUACCAUUUUGUAUGGUGUUCUGUGGAUACUCACUUACCCACCUGAAAUCAUGGAAGAAACCAGCUCUAAGUUUCCUGUUUUUAUCAAAUAUGCUCCUUGCACUCUAUACUGGUUUAGUUCACCAACGAGGCACUCUUGAUGUCAUGAGUCAUAUUCAAAAAUUCUGUUACAACAGUCCCAAUAAAUCUUCAGCCUCAAUACUUAUACUGAUGCCAUGCCAUUCUACUCCUUAUUACAGGUAAUGUAUGUGAUGUUAUUAAGAAAACUGAAAGUUAGCUGUGGAUGUAGCUCAGUGACAGAGCACUUGUCUUGUCUAGACAUGUACAAGACUCUGGGUUCAACCCAGCAACAUAUACACACACAAAAUUUAAAAAUCUCCGCAUCCAAACAAUUGGUCAUUGUUCAGAUGGUAAUAAAUUUUAAAACUCAAGCCAGGUGUGGUGGCACAUACCCAUAAUCCUAGCACUCUAGAGACUGAGGCAAGAUCAAGACUUGUCAUUUUAAUGGUUUGACCUUAAAUGUCCUUCUGGCACAUAAAGGGAAGACAGCAAGAAUCCUUUCCCUUUUAUCACCAGUUUUCUACUUACCAAAUAAGCCUUCAGAAAACUUCUGUGUUAACAAGGUAACUUACCUGGUUUCAAAAACCACUUAAGACUUCUGGACCAGCAUACAAAUGCAGAGUUCCUCAAGCUGCUAACUGACCCUACUUCUCUCCUUGAAAUGGAGUUUUAUGCUUUAGUCUGGGCUUGUUAUGCUUUUGUUACAUAGGAAAGUCAGAUGCUCCAUCUUUGAUAAAAUGUACUAAGGCUUGCUUCCUCACCCUUCACCUUAACUGGAAUACAACUUACAUAUUCAGAUUUCUCAUUUUGCUAAAUAUAUAUGUGUGUGUGUGUAUUAAUAAUAAUAUGAACUUUUUUUUUU